AUGGGUAGUAAAGAAGAAUUUUACUUGUAUCAUGGAAGUCCUAAAAUUGUUAGUAGCAGAAGUGAAGAAAAGCCAAUACACAACAAAGAAAACCAACAAGUAUCAAGGGGGUAUGUUGGGAGUGCCAAUGACAGGGGACAUGAGGACAGUGGCUAUUCCUUCUUGUGGGACUAUCAGCUUGAACUGACUGAACAUGAAGGUCUACGACCAUACCACCCUAAACACGCCCAAUCUUGUAUGACUGAACAUGAAGAUAGUACACUGUUGGGAGGAAAUAUCAAUGUUACACCAUACCACGGUUUCAGUCAAAGAAAGAAUUUGCUUCCAGUUCUCUGUUUUGAGGAACUCGUCUGCUCAACUUUGAAAAAUCUUGCUAAAGUAAGCACAACCUGGAAGAAAUUUCUACAGGUUGAUAACUGGGCUUUAGAAAUGUACAACAAAGCACUAACACUCACCUCAAAAACUAGGAAGUACACCAAAGUACACCACAGCCAGAGUAACUCCAGCUCCAGCUCUUUCAGUUGCUACACACCAUUUUCUGACUUUGUGAUGCCACUGAAAAAUAUGGAAAGCCUGAAAACCUGUUAUCUUUGUGGCUCAUCUGCCAAGUAUCAGACCCAUCUCCAAAGAGCCACAUGCAUCUGUGGGGGUUGA